AUGGCUGAACCCGCAGAAGCAAGCAAAGCCUUGCCGGAGCGUAUGAAGGAGAAGGCCGAGAAUGUAGUAUCAGACAAAAAACCCAAGAAAGAAAAGGUACCUAAGCAGCCCAGACCACCCAAAGAAGCAAAACCAUCAGCAGAGAAGCCCGCAAAACCAACAAAUGCCGCAUCAUCGGCUCCGAUUGAUCCAGAUGCUAUGUUCAAGGAGGGAUGGCUGGCGGCCGUGAGAAAGGAAAGACCCGCAGAUGAGCCGGUAGUCACUCGAUUUCCCCCCGAGCCGAAUGGAUAUCUGCAUAUUGGCCACAGCAAAGCUAUUGCCAUCAACUUUGGAUUCGCCAGAUUCUGGGGCGGAAAAUGCAACCUGCGAUAUGAUGACACAAAUCCUGAAGCGGAGGAGGAAAUCUAUUUCGUUGCCAUCGAAGAUAUUGUGAGAUGGCUUGGUUUCGACCCGGCCUUGAUCACUUAUUCUAGCGAUUUUUUUGAUCAGCUCUAUGAGCUUGCUGAAAAGCUGAUCACCUUGGACGGCGCCUACGUAUGCCAUUGCACAGACGAAGAACUCAAGGACCAGCGAGGAGGUACGGAUCCAAAGAACAAACAUGAGAGAUACGCCUGUCCUCAUCGAAAUCGACCGAUCGAAGAAUCUUUGACCGAAUUUCGAGCCAUGAGGGAUGGAAAGUACAAGCCAAAAGAAGCUUUUCUGCGCAUGAAACAGGACCUCGGCGAUGGCAAUCCACAGAUGUGGGAUCUUGUUGCGUACCGAGUUCUGGAGAAACCUCAUCAUCGGACCGGGGACAAAUGGAGAAUUUACCCUACAUACGACUUCACUCACUGCCUAUGUGACAGCUUUGAGGGCAUCACUCACUCCCUAUGUACAACAGAAUUCAUUCUAUCCAGAGUCUCUUACGAAUGGCUGAACAACAAGGUCGACGUACCACACAAACCAAUGCAGAGAGAGUAUGGUCGGCUGAACGUCACGGGGACUGUCCUAUCCAAAAGAAAAAUCAAGAAGCUGGUGGACGAAAAGAUUGUCGGCGGGUGGGAUGAUCCUAGAUUGUACACACUUGUUGCUCUACGACGAAGAGGCAUUCCCCCAGGAGCAAUUCUGUCGUUCGUCAACGAGUUGGGAGUAACAACGGCCAAGAUCAACAUUCAAAUCGUGCGAUUUGAGCAGUCAGUCCGAAAAUAUUUAGAGAUGACUGUACCCCGUCUCAUGCUCGUUCUGGACCCUGUCCCUGUCAUCAUUGACGAUCUUCCUGACGACCAUUUCGAGGAUCUUGAAAACGCCUUCGGACCCAAAGAUGUCGAUAUGGGCACUCACAAAUUGCCAUUUACGAAGAAGGUCUACAUAGAGCGUGAUGAUUUCAGAGAAGUGGACAGCAAAGAUUUUUUCAGGAUGGCGCCCGGGAAACCGGUGGGUCUGCUCAAGGUGCCUUAUCCGAUCAUUGCCACUAGCUUCAAGAAAGAUGAAGCCACAGGUCUGGUCACAGAGAUUCAUGCCAAGUACGACAAACCAGCAGGAGGCGAGAAGAUGAAAAAGCCCAAAGCAUAUAUUCACUGGGUUGCCGAAGCGCCUGAACAUGGAUCGCCCAUCAAAUGUGAAGUCCGCGUCUUCAAUCCGCUCUUCAAGUCAGAUAAUCCCGACGCCGUGGAACCGAGCUUUAUGGCAGAUUUGCGGGAAGACAGUUUGAAAGUCUAUCCAAACGCAAUGGCUGAGGUGGGAUUAAAGGAGAUUCGCGAGAGGGCUCCAUGGCCAGAGGAAGCAGGAGAGAAAAAAGACAAAUGCGGAUUUGAAUCAGUCAGAUUUCAGGCCAUGCGAACGGGAUAUUUCUGUAUGGAUAAGGAUACGGACGACGCAGCAGGCAAGAUCGUCCUCAAUCGCAUUGUGAGUCUGAAGGAGGAUGCUGGUAAGAGUGCAUGA